ACGUAGCGGCAGGGAGGGGUUCUUUCCCCGGUCCGGCAGCUGAGGCUCGGCGCUCGGGUUACCCCUGCAGCGACGCCCCCUGGUCCCACCGGUACCGCUGCUGCUCCCGCCCCUUCGCUCCCCGGCCGCGCAAUGGGCACCCGCGACGACGAGUACGACUAUCUCUUCAAAGUUGUCCUUAUUGGAGAUUCUGGUGUUGGAAAGAGUAAUCUCUUGUCUCGAUUUACUCGAAAUGAGUUUAAUCUCGAAAGUAAGAGCACCAUUGGAGUAGAGUUUGCAACAAGAAGCAUCCAGGUUGAUGGGAAAACAAUAAAGGCACAGAUAUGGGACACGGCAGGGCAGGAGCGAUACCGAGCUAUAACAUCAGCAUAUUAUCGUGGAGCUGUAGGUGCCUUACUGGUGUAUGACAUUGCUAAGCAUCUCACAUAUGAAAAUGUAGAACGAUGGCUGAAAGAACUGAGAGAUCAUGCUGAUAGUAACAUUGUUAUCAUGCUUGUGGGCAAUAAAAGUGAUUUGCGUCAUCUCAGGGCAGUUCCUACAGAUGAAGCAAGAGCUUUUGCAGAAAAGAAUGGUUUGUCAUUCAUUGAGACUUCCGCUCUAGACUCUACAAAUGUAGAAGCUGCUUUUCAGACAAUUCUGACAGAGAUAUACCGCAUUGUUUCCCAGAAGCAAAUGUCAGACAGACGUGAAAAUGACAUGUCUCCAAGCAACAAUGUGGUUCCUAUUCAUGUUCCACCAACCACUGAAAACAAGCCAAAGGUGCAGUGCUGUCAGAACAUAUAAGGCAUUUCUCUUCUCCCCUAGAAGGCUGUGUAUAGUCCAUUUCCCAGGUCUGAGAUUUAAAUAUAUUUGUAAUUCUUGUGGUCACUUUGUGUUUUAUUACUUCCUCAUACUUAUGAAUUUUCCCAUGUCUUAAGUCUUUUGAUUUUAGCUUUAUAAAAUCAUCCACUUGUCCCGAAUGACUGCAGCUUUUUUUCAUGCUAUGGCUUCACUAGCCUUAGUUUAAUAAACUGAAUGUUUGGAUUCCUCAGUUAUUGUUUACUUUUCAUCAAGGAAGCCUGUCACUGUAGGACACAUUUAGAACUUGAUCACUUGAAGCUCAGACCUAUUGGUCUUGAUCAAAUCAAACUAAGAAGACUUUAGAAGAAAUAAGCUACCAUUUUGCCACAGAGCAGCUUAUAAGGAGCAGCUUAUAUCAUACACUCUUCUCUCAAUGCAGUGUAUAUUUCCACAAAUCUAAGAAUUGCCCUAUACACAUAGCAGGAUUUUGAGAGCUUGAAAAUUUUCCAUUAUUCUGGAAAUCAAUUUCUAAAAUGCCUUAAUAGGGUUAAGUAGUCUAGUAAAUUUUGUUUUUUAAUUUUUGUAAGCAUCAAAGUGAUUAGAGAGGGGGACAGUUUUUUCUGGACGAGGAUUAUGUUAAUAAACAAAAGCUUGUUAUAUGGUUUCAGUAGCAGUGUGGUUAUGGAGCCAUAUUUAAACCAGGCUGCCUGGCAGGCUGGGAACUCGAGAGACUAGUGGAAUUCCAUCUGCGAUGCCUCUGUUGCACAUGAUUAGGCAGCCCAAAUCCUUGAACUCUAAUUUCCCAGCAGUAGAUUAUGUGGCAUUUUAUUGCUCAGGCAAGAACUGGUUUAAUGCUGUUAGUAUCAAAUUGUGAAGUGUUAAUUUUGUCCUAAAACCUUCCAGUAAAUGAAAUGCAACCAAGUUUUAUCACCAUCUCUAUCAGCAGGCAUGGAUAAUUAUUUUAACAAUGCUGAUUUUUGAGUUUUGCAACAUAUUGUGGAAUAUAGUCCAGUUGAAUAUCUGGUUUCAGUAUGUCUAAAGAAUUUAGUGAGAGGUUAAUUUCUGCUCAAGUUGUACCACUUAAAGGCAUGUAUUCUUUUAGUACGUAGUACCUUGAGUUUAAAUAGAAUGCAUUUAGGCAUUAUUCAAAGCUGAACUACUUUAUCCCCCCACUACAUUAUUGAAAUCAGUGGAGCAACUAGUUUCCCAUUUUAAAUGUGCACACUAAUACUGAGUUUUACUUUCUUGUGGAUAAUAUUAAGCACUUAACUCUGCAGUGUUCUGAAAGUUGUGUCGAUUGAAUUGAUACUAUUCAGGAUGGUGGAAUAUCCCCCAAGUAUAAAAAUGUAUGUGUGUGGGCUUGCAUAGAUUACUAUGUUUCAUAGUUAAUCUGUCUUUUGCAGUGCUCAUGACGUGUGGGGCACACGGAAGGCAUUGCUGUGGUCAUUCUUUUUGGUUUUCUUCUGUAGCCAUUUAUUAUUUAGAGUAUUGGUUGGUUAUGAAGAUAAUAUUAUCUAUUUGUAAAUCGCUACUUUGUAUUUUAUGCAUGCUCUGUAACUUGAUUUAUUUUUAUUUUUAUUUUAUUUUUUAGUUAUUGAUUUGGAAUAUAUUCACAUUCUAAUAAACAGUUAUAGGGGGACUAUU